AUGUCUGUUUCGAAACUUCACUCUAUUGAUGAUCUUGAGAGCAUAGAGGUUGAUGCGAUAAUCCAGAAGAUACCCGAGCUCCUGAACUGCCACCUUUCUUCAGAUGACGAUUGCGCUAAGCGUUUCGAUGCCUUUCUGAGAGUUAAUCCAAAUGUUGUCUGCAUCGAUCCGCCGAAUAAUGUCCGAUUGCUUUUGUGGCGUCAUGAACAAUUUUUGUUAAUCGAGAAGGCAAUGAAGUCUUCAGAUCUAGCGGAUCGCAUCUGUGUGCCGCCGUUUUGUACACUUGAUUUGAAGGAUCCCGCCAUCAAUGUGAAACGAAUGCAUGCGGCUUCAUUGAGAUUUCCACUCAUCUGUAAGCCACUAUCGUCACAUGGUGAUGAACGUGCUCACUCCAUGGCACUUCUGUUCAAUAAAGAAGGGCUAGAGCAAAUCAGCUACCCCACACUUGUUCAACAGUUUUGGAAUCAUGAUGGGGCGCUUUUUAAGGUGGCGGUCAUAGGGGACAAAACAUUCGUCGUAAUGCGUCCAUCGAUAAAGAAUCUGGAAAUGGCAGAUAAUCGAAAACCGUUGUUUUUCAAUUCCCAUACGGCUUCGAAAUUUAACCGAGAUGGACCAUUAGGAGAUCUAAAAAACGAUAAAGAUCUGGAUCGGUUUCAAACUUUCUGUGAUGGCCCACUGUUCGUGAAAGUUGCUGCACUACUUCGACAAACAUUUGGCAUAGAUCUGUUCGGAUUCGAUGUAAUACGACUGACAAAGGGUGAGUCGUCUGUGGAACGAACGGGACCUGAGUGGGCGAUCGUCGAUCUCAACUACUUCCCAAGCUACGACAAAAUCCCGCAUUUCUAUCACCACUUGGAAAAUCUGGUGCGCGAAAAGUUGUCACUCCCUCUGUUACCGGAUCCGCCUUCCGAGGACUGCUAAUAUGGUUCCAUCCGUGUCUCAUUUAUCAUUGCCGAUCUCCGACACUUUGAUUCAGAUUGCUCUCGUUUUUCGUACUUUUUGAUAUUUUGUCAGUGAGACGCUGUAUAAUACAUUGUUUUUUAUCCCAACAUCCCGG